UCGUCAAUACUGUCAAACAAAAUAUCAUACAUUCGUACAAUUACAUUAGAAACUGUUGUUUUCAUACGUUUAGCGGUUUAUUUCUUGUUUAUUAUUAAAACAGUAAUAUUUAUAAUACUUAGCCUUAUUUUAACGGAUUUUUAAAUUAAUAUUCGAGACGAUUUUCAUUCAGAAAAUUGGUUAUAUGUGACUGUUGUUACCUACGGUAUAUUUGGAUUAAAACAUUUUACAACUAUUGAAUAAAAAUGGGACAGAAAUGUCGAAAUCGAUGUUAUUUUGGGUGUAUAAUUGGUGAUAGUCCGUUACACCAUUUUCCAAAUCCGAAGAGCAUAAUUCCAGAUCAGCUAUUAAGAUAUGCUGUUUGGAAAACCGUGCUGGAUGUGGCAACGCAGGAGAAAGGAGAUACCUAUAUAUAUGAUCAAAUAAGGCUAUGUAAUAAACAUUUUCUCGACUGCUACCAACUACCUAGUCGACAGUUGACUAGAAAUGCGGUACCCACCUUAAAUCUAGGUGAUUCAGAUGGUAAUACAGCAGAAUCUAUACCUAUCAUCAACGAGGAACAGUCGGUUCCUGUAAAUAAACAUUCAACACACUACUACAUUGAUAUUGAUACCGCUAACCGUAGCCAUAACAAAGGUUAGUAACACUAUUGACAAACUGCCCUACUCAUAUAAGUUUUUAAACUGACAUGGUCACUAACACUGGAAUUGAAAC